CCUCCACGAGUUCCUUCUGGAAUUCCUCCACGAGUUCCUCCUGGAAUUCCUCCACGAGUUCCUCCUGGAAUUCCUCCACGAGUUCCUCCUGGAAUUCCUCCACGAGUUCCUCCUGGAAUUCCUCCACGAGUUCCUCCUGGAAUUCCUCCACGAGUUCCUCCUGGAAUUCCUCCACGAGUUCCUCCUGAAAUUCCUCCACGAGUUCCUCCUGGAAUUCCUCCACGAGUUCCUCCUGGAAUUCCUCCACGAGUUCCUCAUGGAAUUCCUCCACGAGUUCCUCCAGGAGUUCCUCCUGGAAUUCCUCCAGGAGUUCCUCCUGGAAUUCCUCCAGGAGUUCCUCCUGGAAUUCCUCCAGGAGUUCCUCCUGGAAUUCCUCCAGGAGUUACUCCUGGAAUUCCUCCAGGAGUUACUCCUGGAAUUCCUCCAGGAGUUACUCCUGGAAUUCCUCCAGGAGUUCCUCCUGGAAUUCCUCCAGGAGUUCGUCCUGGAAUUCCUCCAGGAGUUCGUCCUGGAAUUCCUCCAGGAGUUCGUCCUGGAAUUCCUCCAGGAGUUCGUCCUGGAAUUCCUCCAGGAGUUCGUUCUGGAAUUCCUCCAGGAGUUCGUUCUGGAAUUCCUCCAGGAGUUCCUCCUGGAAUUCCUCCAGGAGUUCCUUCUGGAAUUCCUCCUGGAAUUUCUCCAGAAGUUCCUCCUGGAAAUCCUCCAGGAGUUCCUCCUGGAAUUACUCCUGGAAUUCCUCCUGGAAUUCCUCCUGGAAUUCCUCCAGGAGUUCCUCCUGGAAUUCCUCCAGGAGUUCCUCCUGGAGUUCCUCCUGGAAUUCCUCCAGGAGUUCCUCCUGGAAUUCCUCCAGGAGUUCCUCCUGGAAUUCCUCCAGGAGUUCGUCCUGGAAUUCCUCCAGGAGUUCGUCCUGGAAUUCCUCCAGGAGUUCGUCCUGGAAUUCCUCCAGGAGUUCGUCCUGGAAUUCCUCCAGGAGUUCGUCCUGGAAUUCCUCCAGGAGUUCGUUCUGGAAUUCCUCCAGGAGUUCGUUCUGGAAUUCCUCCAGGAGUUCCUCCUGGAAUUCCUCCAGGAGUUCCUCCUGGAAUUUCUCCAGGAGUUCCUCCUGGAAUUUCUCCAGGAGUUCCUCCUGGAAUUUCUCCAGGAGUUCCUCCUGGAAUUUCUCCAGGAGUUCCUCCUGGAAUUUCUCCAGGAGUUCCUCCUGGAAUUCCUCCAGGAGUUCCUCCUGGAAUUCCUCCAGGAGUUCCUCCUGGAAUUCCUCCAGGAGUUCCUCCUGGAAUUCCUCCAGGAGUUCCUCCUGGAAUUCCUCCAGGAGUUCCUCCUGGAAUUCCUCCAGGAGUUCCUCCUGGAAUUCCUCCAGGAGUUCCUCCUGGAAUUCCUCCAGGAGUUCCUCCUGGAAUUCCUCCAGGAGUUCCUCCUGGAAUUCCUCCAGGAGUUCCUCCUGGAAUUCCUCCAGGAGUUCCUCCUGGAAUUCCUCCAGGAGUUCCUCCUGGAAUUCCUCCAGGAGUUCCUCCUGGAAUUCCUCCAGGAGUUCCUCCUGGAAUUCCUCCAGGAGUUCCUCCUGGAAUUCCUCCAGGAGUUCCUCCUGGAAUUCCUCCAGGAGUUCCUCCUGGAAUUCCUCCAGGAGUUCCUCCUGGAAUUCCUCCAGGAGUUCCUCCUGGAAUUCCUCCAGGAGUUCCUCCUGGAAUUCCUCCAGGAGUUCCUCCUGGAAUUCCUCCAGGAGUUCCUCCUGGAAUUCCUCCAGGAGUUCCUCCUGGAAUUCCUCCAGGAGUUUCUCCUGGAAUUCCUCCAGGAGUU